AUGGCGAGGGGCAAGUUCAAGGGCAAGCCCACCGGCGAGCGCACCUUCUCCUCCGAGGAGGAGCUCGCGGCUGGCACUUCAGCAGGACGUCCAAAGAGCUUUAAGAAGAAGCAAGUUGAAAAGGAGGUUUAUGAAAGAAGGGAGGAACCCAUAGAUGAGGAAGAUGAGGAAGAGGUUGAGAAGACUGAGAAACACAAAGGCACUGCAGGUCUUAUCGAGAUUGACAAUCCAAACCUGGUCAAGCCAAAGGGUAUUAAAGCCAAGGAUGUUGAUGUUGAUAGGACGGCUGGUCUGUCCAGGCGUGAAAGAGAGGAGAUUGAGAAACAGAGAUCCAUAUUGCACUACAAGAGGCUUCAGGAGGAAGGAAAGACAGAUCAGGCCAGGAAAGACUUAGACCGCCUUUCUUUGAUCCGGCAAGAGAGAGCAGAAGCUGCAAAGAAGCGCGAAGAGGAAAAAGCUGCCAAAGAAGAGAGGAAGGCUGAAGCACGCAAGUGACCUACCCAAGCUAAAUGAACCAGAUAUAACGUUGGCUUCCUGUUUACUGCCUUAAUUUAUCGUACUGUAGGAGUAGCAU